AUUCCACCGCUGACCUAAGGCAGCGUGUCUAAGGCGAAAAACACGCUUUCACAAAACUAAGACAGUCUAACGCAGCUUAAUCAAAUUCACUUAAUCGAAAAGUUUUGAGAGAGAAAGAGAGAGAAUGGGGAAAAAACAAAUCCCAGACCCUCCUAAUUUGAAGAAAUUCGGUGUUCCAUUCUAUUCUGUUGCUUGGAUUCCCCAACACGUUAUCAAAUCACGCCAAUUUGAAACCGCUGAUCAAUCCUCCGAUGCCGAUCACAACUCUGCACCGGCGACGGAGACAGAGCCCGCCACAGCGGAAUUGUCCGGCGGUAACUAUCUCGUGUUCGCCGGCGGUGGUGGAGAAGGCCGCAGCGGUAUCCCCAAUGCUGUGUUGCUUGGGCACUUCGAUGUUGCAUCGAAUACUCUCGCUGACCAACCGGUGUGCAAGGUAGGAACUGAUUCUGAAUUGCCUUAUAGGAUGGCACUUCACCCCAAUGGAGAUGGCCUUAUUUGUGCAAUGGAAACACCUAAGAUUUGCAGAUGGUUUGACUGGGAACAAAACAAGAGUUCUGCAAUUCAUAAGUGGGGUUUGAAAUUGUCAGAGAAAGUGCUCACCCAGUUUGAGGAUGUUGGACAGCAAUUAGCAUUGGCAUUCAACAAUGAUGGUACUGCACUAGCUGCUGGUGGGGAGGAUGGCAGUCUAAGAGUUUUCAAGUGGCCUAGCAUGGAAAUUAUUCUCAAUGAGUCUAAUGCUCAUUCUUCUGUGAAGGACUUACAUUUCAGUUCUGAUGGUAAAUUGCUUGUCUCUUUGGGAAGCAGUGGCCCCUGCAGGGUUUGGGAUGUUUCUUCAUCAAUAGUCUUAGCUACUCUAUCAAAUGAAAAUGGUGAAGUUUUCACCUCCUGCAGAUUUUCUAAAAUAAAGGAUGGGACUCAGGUCCUAUCUAUUGCUGCCAUGAAAGAUAAAGAUGGAAUCAUCCUGACCUGGAAUACACAAACAUGGGAAAGGAUAGGCUCAAAGUAUAUUAUUCGAGAUGCAAUAUCUGCAUUGAAUGUCUCAGCUGAUGGAAAGUUUCUUGCAUGUGGAACACCUUCAGGAGACAUUAUAGUUGUAAAUUCAACAAACAUGCAGAUUCAUACAAUGAUCAAAAGGGCUCACCUUGGUAUUGUAACUGCUUUAGCAUUCUCCCCUGAUUCAAGGGCCUUGGCUUCAGUAUCCAUGGAUUCAAGUGCGAGGGUGACAAUAAUUGAAGAGAAGAAAAAUGGAGCGCUGAGCUUGUGGAUUGCCGUAUUUAUCAUCCUACUUGCAGUAGCUGCUUACUUCUUGAAGCAAGGAAUUGAAAAGUGAAGGUUCCAUUAUUACUUUAUUUAAAUAUAAAACUUUUACUACCUAGAAGUCUUUAUGAAUGCUAAUGUUUAGUUUUGAUGCAUUUUCAUUUUUUGGAGGGUUUACAGAUACUUCUUUUUGUUGGCAUCAUUCUGAACAGUUGUUUUUGGACACGACCCUCUGUCUCUAUAAUGCCUUGUAACAUGGAUUGGAUCGUUUCUUUACAUGCUCUGUACAAUGCUUUCAUCUUGAAUUAAGCUAUCG